AUGGCGCCUUCCAACUCCCCGACCGAUGUGGACCUGAGCCAGUUCCAAGAGCGUCGCCAAUCUGGACGUCACCUGGGGACCAUCAAAGCGAAGCCAAUGUACGCUGAAGCUGCAGCUUUUGAUGCCGCAUUCAAAAAGUCAGGGCAGACGGAGGACGCUGAGAGUGCAGGCAAUGGCGCAGAGAGCCUGGAGCGCAGCUCAGCAGGGCACGAGAGAGAGGAAGACGAGACCUCGCUGUCUAGAAGGCGAUCAGCGAUUAAGCAGGUCACUGCGACCACUGUAUCGUCUGGCAAUAACAUUUCGGCGAAGAAGCAGAGCUUUUUACACCCAAAUCCAACCUCACCGGCAAGUAUCACGAAGUCAAUAUCACUUCCAAAAACACCAGUGGCUGCUCCGAAACGUCCGUGCAAGCGGAUACCCUCGUCGGCGAAGACAACGGCCGGCGCAAACAAUGCCAAAGACUGGCGGUCCGCUCCUCAAGCCUCGACCUUGCCGGUCGAUGAGGCUUCUCCAUCUUCGCCAGAGUCAAACAUCAUCGUCUCCCAAGGAAGGCAAUUGACUGCACGUAUGGCCUCCGAGGCACCCAGCGAAGAAGAGAUUCCGGAUGCGAAAGUCUCGAAACCAGAAUUCUCGGCUACCGAUCACCCACAGCAGAUGCAGCUGCCAGUGGUGGACAUGGUCGAGUCGAACAUGCGGAUGGAUGCAGAUGACAGUCCGGCGUCAGCUGUUUCUUCUGCUUCGAGUCAGCUGUCCGAUCCCCCAUCUGACCUCGAAGAGACGUAUCAGGCUUCAUUAAACUUGACACAAACCACGAUGUCUACUUCAGCUCACAAUGAAGACAUGGAUUUGGCGACAAAAAAGCCAGUAGACGAUACCCAAGCUUUAGGUCAAGCCAGCGUAGCGCAGUCGAAGAAAUCAGAAUCUUCGCACAUAGUCAAGACUCGAUCCGGUCGAGCGUCGAAGAAAGCAAAUCGAUACGGCACUCUCGGCGAGAUGACUACUGCGCUGGAAGCGCCUGACACCACAGUUGAAAGUUCAACCGAUGCACCUGUCCCUCGAACUGGCAAGACCCGAAAGCGUAAAACCACUGUCAAUGACAUAGGUGCAGAAGAUUCUCUGCCACCGACAAAGAGAUCUGCACGAGGCUCGAUACCAAACGAAGGCUCAGUUGUGGACAAGCUCGUAGUCAAGCUGAGCAUUCCCAGCUGGAUCAAAGCUAACUCAAGUGAUGGACUCGAAGACGAAUACACAGCCGAAGCGGACGAGGAAGUCGAGCAAGAUGGAUCAAAUGCAUCGGAGAAUGAAGAAGUGGUGGGCAAGAAGGCGAGCAUCGCCGCUACGAAGAGGAAGCUCCUAGGGAAGCAGUCCGCAGUCAAAAACGAGACUGUGUCGAAGCCGAAAUCCGCACCGACGGCCUCUGCAAUCAAGAAGAAAGCCACUCCAAAAAGAAUUCGUACCAAGAAGCCAGCCACUCCGAUGAAAACUCCUACGGAGAAGGCUUCUUCGAGACAGAGUGCCGCUUUGAUGCUUACACCCGCAGCCCAGACUGCUCUCCCGAAUGCUCCAGGAGGACUGCUUACACCUCCUGGCACGCUGCCGUCCACUCAGGACAUCUCCGAAUCCUCCAUCGACCCUCAAGCACUUCUUCUCUCCCAAAAGCUCACCUACCGCGAGCCAGUGCCCUCGAAGCCUCUCCCUCAAGGCACGCCGGAAGUGUGGGCGGACAGCCGACAAGCUCUCUGCGAGACUGUGCCAUACUUCAAGAUGCCGCAGAGCGGGUGCCACCAGAACGAUCACCACGUCUAUUCUUUCCUGUACGAUGGUGGAAGCCGCUGUCGAGAGUACAUGGACACGGACGUCAUCAUUGGGGGUGCAGGUGGAGGGAUGGUGACAGAUAAAUCCACUGGCCGAUUGGUCGCGAAGUCAGAUCAUAGUGUGAAUGAGUCCCAGGUUCAGGCUGUGCUAAACGACAUCAAGCACGAGAAUCCACUGAUCAUCAUCUGUGGAAACAAGAGCGACGGCGCGAUCUGCCAGAUGCCUCACCGAUACAAUGUCCUUGGGUGGUUCAAGCCAAUUGCGGUGUGGGCUGAGAAGACGAUGGGCAAAGGCAACAGUGUCUUUACCACGAUCAAGUACCGCUUUGAGCGCCUUGAUUCAACCCAGAAGGUCUGGCAUGCGCCUGAACAAGCCCUGCUCACGGAGGAGGAGCGUCUAGCCGGUACUAUCGAUCUGGUCAAAGGCACCUGCACGCACUGCAACCGCGAGUAUCCGAUGAUAUAUCUCACGGGCUGGAUGUGUCUCACCGCAGGUUGCGCGCUCUUCUGGCAGCUUCCGACUGGUGAACAAGCUCCAUACGGCAAUCUGCCCUACAACCCAGCCUUUCUUCUCCAUCGAAGCCCAUGGCAGGUCGAAGAAGCGCCCUACAGCGUCAAGCCGCCCGCGCUUGAUGUUGGUCAUGUCAUCGGCGACAAUCUGACUGCUAUCAAUACACGCGGUGUUUGUUGCCCUGAAUGUGGCCGGUGCAGUCAUCGCCGUCUCUUCAAGGGCUGGCAAUGCGACAAUCCAGCCUGCACCUACACCAAUUUUCCGAACCACAUCCCCGUCACUCCACUAAUGCUGCAUCAACCGUGGGAGAACGUUGGCGAUGGGCCAGCUCUCGCUCGUAACAAGUACAGUGGCGGAGCUGAUGUGUCUGUCACUUACCUACACGGGUUCAAGGUGUACAGGUACACCAUUCCUGGCAUCAAGGGCGCAUUCAUCCACGCUGUGUCUAACAAGAAGAUCAACAGCUUGCCUGGAGGUUCAGAUGAAAUGUUUGCCGCCAUGCAGCGGACCCAAGAUCCGGAAAUGGAUCUGCAUCUGCAGCGUCGGCGAUUCGGCGUCGAGAAGAUGAGCGGUGGCACAGAUGCUACAGUGAAGAAGCAGCCGAAGAGUCGUGUCAAGAACCAAGCCACCACCUACAAACCAACACUCCAGCCUGCAGGCGAGACGAGAUCUGCAUCACCAUCGGAAAGCAAACAGUCGCUGAAAGAAGACUCAAUGUCGCCUAUGCGGCCCUUGCCGACGGCAGAAGAACUUCUACAAGAGCUGAAAGACUUCGAGGUGCGGAAGAACAGUGCGAAUGGCUCUCAGAACAUUGUGCCGAUCAUUUCAGACAUGGUUGCCAGUCUCGCAACAGAGCGAAGCUCUUUGGAACAACUACUCUCAGGGUCGAUUGGAGCACCAGAUCUUACGCGCGAGAAUGCAACGGUGGCCAUCGUAGAAGCAAAUGAUAUUGAACUCCCUGACGAGUGUCCAGAGGACACAGAAGAGCCGCAGGAUGCGAUAUUGGACGACGACGACCAGGACGAGGAGAAACCAGCCAAGAAGGCCGACAAGCUGGAAAUCGGUGACUACAUGACGGCAUUUUCCAUGAACUAUGGUAUGCCGUACAAGUUCAUCGCGGGUGGCGCCUGCCUUCCAUUCACAGACUCGCCCUGGCCCGUCCGCGCUGCUCGCGCCAACCUCAACUGGGCCUCGCAAACCCUUCUCGACCCUACCGACCACGAAGAUAUGAACGAGCUCCUCAUAUUCGCCUAUAUGGAAGGUCAGAAGAUCGACUACCACGACGAUGGUGAAUCCGGCCUUGGCCCUCGCAUUGCCACUCUCUCACUCGGUGGUAAGGCGAGAAUGAACCUCCGCAUGAAGCAGAAGCACCACCUCGGCUGUUCCAAGCAAGGCCUCUUCACUGAGGACCGCCCUGUGCCUGGCGGAGCUGGCACUACGAUCGAUGGCGUCAAAGUGAGUUCAGAAGAACUCUUCGAUCGCCGACUCGCCGCCUGGGAAGAACUCCAGCCCCUGCGCACAACCGACAAAGCAGCUUACAAGCGGCGUCGCGCUGAAAUUGUUAAGGAACUCGGACUCCGUUACCCCAAGCGCCCGAACUUCGCCAAGGAUAUGGUUAACAUCACGCUGAACCAUGGCGAUAUUGUGCUCAUGGAAGGGUACGAGAUUCAGCAGUACCUCGAGCACACCGUCGUGGCCGAUCAGUGUUUGCGGUUCGCCCUGACUUGCCGCACAAUUCGCCCGGAGCAUUUGAAGCCGGAGGAGAUGCCGAGCUAUGUGGUUGAGCCUGAUGAUCUGUCAAUGAGCUCGUUGAAGAAGAUGGUUGAGCUGGAGGCUGAGAAGGGCAAGGGGAAGGACGUGGUGAUGGAGGGAUUGAGGGAAGGAUGCGUUGAUAGGGUGGUAUGUGUUGACUGA